GGGAACUUUGUGACUAUGAAACUUAGGAAUAAUUGCAAAAUAUAGUAAAAAAUUACCAAAAAUCCCUCGUGAAUCAUUAACCUGCCCCUUGGGUGUGAGGUUUUUAGUUUAGUUUGCCCGGAAAGGGCUUCUACACUCACUAUUCUUACACUUUUUUUGGAAAGAAUGUGUGAGACAGACAGUUAGCCAGCUAGCCAGCCAGCUAGCUAGCUGAGAGAGGUGAUACAGGCGGCAGGAGAACAAAAGAUUUUUUUUUUUUUUUGGCGUUUUGGCCGCUCGUACUGACACCAAGUCCAUGCAGAACGUGUCGUUACCACCACAAUGCCCGUUUUACUUUUUCUGAUAGACACGUCCGCUUCAAUGAACCAGCGCACCCAUCUGGGCACUACCUAUCUGGACGUAGCAAAAGGCGCUGUUGAGACUUUUAUGAAGCUCAGAGGCAGGGACCCGGCCAGCCGAGGGGACCGGUACAUGUUGGUAAAUUUUGAAGACGUUCCGCUCGGGAUAAAGGCCGGAUGGAAGGAGAGUCAUGCCACUUUCAUGACAGAGCUGAGGAACCUCCAAGCAACCGGGCUCACAGCUAUUGGCCACUCCUUGAGGACCGCUUUUGAUUUACUCAAUCUCAAUAGAUUAGUGACUGGGAUAGACAACUAUGGACAGGGAAGGAACCCCUUUUUCCUCGAGCCCGCCAUCAUCAUCGCCAUCACCGACGGCAACAAGUUGACCGGCAGCAGCGGAGUCCAAGACGAGCUCCAUCUCCCUCUGACCACCCCGCUGCCAGGUAGCGAGCUGACCAAGGAGCCCUUCCGCUGGGACCAGCGUCUGUUCUCCCUGGUGCUGCGCAUCCCCGGCAACGCCUCGGUAGAGCCCGAACCCCUCGGAGGCGUCCCGCCAGACGACUCGCCCAUCACCCCCAUGUGUGAGGUCACUGGAGGUCGCUCGUACAGCGUGUUCUCACAGCGUAUGUUGAAUCAGUGUUUGGAGUCUCUGGUGCAGAAGAUCCAGAGCGGAGUGGUGAUAAACUUUGAGAAGACGGGGCCCGACCCUCCUCCACUUGAGGACGCUCCAGCUGAGACAGUGAAAUCUGGUCUGCAGCCUUGGCAUUGCUGUCACAAGCUCAUCUAUGUACGACCCAACCCUAAAACCGGUGUUCCUAUUGGUCACUGGCCCAUCCCGGAGGCCUUCUGGCCGGACCAGAACUCUCCCACACUGCCCCCCCGCUCAGCCCACCCCCACGUACGUUUCUCCUGUCUGGACGCGGAGCCCAUGGUGAUAGACAAGGUGCCCUUUGACAAGUAUGAGCUGGAGCCGUCGCCUCUAACACAGUACAUUCUGGAGAGGAAGUCCCCGCACACCUGCUGGCAGGUGUUUGUGUGUAAUAGUGCCAAGUACAGUGACCUGGGCCAACCCUUUGGCUACCUGAAGGCCAGCACGGCUUUGAACUGUGUCAACCUGUUUGUGAUGCCCUACAACUACCCCGUGCUUCUGCCACUUCUGGACGACUUGAUUAAAGUGCACAAGUUCAAGCCUACCAUCAAGUGGCGGCAGUCCUUUGAGAACUACCUGAAGACCAUGCCUCCGUAUUAUAUCGGGUCCUUAAGGAAGGCUCUGAGAAUCAUGGGAGCGCCAAACCUUUUAGCAGAUAACAUGGAGUAUGGCCUGAGCUACAGUGUGGUCUCCUACCUGAAGAAGCUCAGCCAGCAGACAAAAAUCGAAUACGACCGCCUGAUCGCCUCCAUCGGGAAGAAGCCGACACCAGACGCCGGCAUCAAGGUGCGUUGGCGGGGUGGAGGCAUAUCUCUGGCCCAGCGUAGGGACUUCAUCCAGCAGCUGCAGAGUCUUACAGGAGAGGCUCCAAGUCUACCCCUGGAACUCAACCCCAAAGAGUUCCAAGGCUUUCACCUGGCACUACUCAACAAGGGUCUGAAGCCGCAGAGCUUUCGGAAUCCUUAUGACAUCCCUCGCAGCCACCUGCUGGACCAGCUCAGCCGCAUGAGGAGGAACCUGCUCAACACCAGCGUCUGUAAUCUCAGAGGACAGGACUCAGACCAGCUCCACAGCGUGCCAAUAGCCCAGAUGGGCAACUACCAGGACUUCCUUAAAGCUGCUCCUCAGCCUCUUCGAGACGCCGACCCUGAGCAACCCAAGCGCCUGCACACAUUCGGCAACCCCUUCAAACUAGACAAGAAGGGUAUGAUGAUUGACGAGGCGGAUGAGUUUGUGACGGGCCCUCAGAACAAAGGCAAGAGACCAGGAGACAGCAGCAACAUGCCAGGAGGAGGGCCCAAGAGACGCCGCUGCAUGUCACCUCUGCUGCGCCUGGGCCGGGCCUACACCCCCCCUGUAACCCCUCCCGCCAGCCCUCGACCCACAACAGACAUGGAGGACGGAUUGCUGGAACCAGACCUAAUCAUCAACCACCUCAAUCAGAACCACUACAGUUCAGACGGGAGCUCGGACUCAGAGGGGGAUCAUCCCUCGGGACCCGCCGACCACCUGGAGAACCACACGGACGCGGACCCCCAGGACCCGCCGCACGGGGACGAGGAGGAGAACGGGCAGCUCCAGGACGGGGAGCUGCCGGCCAGCAUGGAGGGAGGAGCAGAGAUGGUGCUGGUAGAUGAUCCGCAGCAUCGAUACCUGACGCCCGCCGCUCUCAAGAAGCACAUUCACAACGAGACGGUGAAGGUUAACAACGAGCUGAGGGCGCUCAUCACCAAGGAGAUCAGGAAACCUGGCAGACACUACGAGAAGAUCUUCCACUUCCUGAAGCAGAUCCAGGGCACUUUGGACACCAGGCUCAUCUUCCUCCAAAACAUCAUCAAAGAGGCAGCCAGGUUCAAGAAGCGCGUUCUCAUCGAGCAGCUGGAAAACUUCCUAGAAGAGAUCCACAACAGAUCCAAUAACAUGAACCACGUGGACACGCUCUGAGACCGGCUCACCCUCCCCCUCCCUCUAUCCCAAAAUCCCUAUCUGAACUUACUGAUGUUGAACCUGACAACCCUCCAUCCCUUUACCCCCCCCACCCCCACCUUUUCCCUCCUCCUCUUCUUGCACAGGGUCACCACGGAGACGAGAAAGGACAGGCGUCCAGCUCUCAAACCAUCGGCUCUUCAGUGGACUCUUUAUGUUCUCAACAUCGAUAACGUUUAUUUCGGUUUCCACGCCAAGCUAAAGGCGGCGCGGAGCCCAGAUGAUGCAGAUUAGUAGAAAACUUUUUGUCUUUGCUACAGGUGAAUGUUUUGCCUAUGCAACGAGGUUUAAAGCCUGUAGAACAUCUGCGAAGCGGCCUUAACCUCGAUUACUCUUCCUCCCUAAACGAGAGCGCACAAUCUCUCCAACAGGGGAGGAGCGGUAAACGAGGGAACGGCAGGACUUUUCCAGAUGUGAUCAGUCAUGUUUUUAUCUGUGAUGGAGCAAUGGCAUAGGCAGGGUUCAGGUCACGUAUGUGGUCGUGUGUGUGUGUGUGUGUGUGCGUGUGUGCGUGCGUGCGUGCGUGCGUGUGUGUGUGUGUGCGCGUUUUCAGCCAACUCAGGGUCACACGGGAUCCAGCGGAGACGCUCAUCAACACUUCUCUUCCCACAUGCCUUCUCAUGCAGCCCCCCCCCCCCCCUCCCUUCCGUUCGUGUUUGGUCUUAAGUUAAGGUUUUUUUUGUGUGGUGGGAGUCUGUCUGUCUGUCUGUUUGUUUUUUGACUGUCUAUUUACUUUCUACACUCCACUAACAGAAGCACUCCAACGCUGUGCUCAUAAAUGAGUAAGACUUGGCUCAAAUAUUGAAUUUGUUGACUUACGGUUUUACCUACCAGACUAACAGUUAAUUUAAUUGAGCUGUUAAGUCAAGAGUGGAAAAUAUUUGUUCCCUCUGAGGGGAAAAAAAAAAUCCACCGUAAACUUUAACAAGUAAUUUUUUCUUUUUCUUUCCAGGGAGCUCAAUACAAAGUCGAAUCAUUUUUGAAUGAUGCAACAUUAUUGGUUACAAAUGUUGAAAUACAGGGACAAAAAAAAAAAGCUCAGGAAGUGACAUUUAAUGCAUCACGAUCAGCAAUAACAUCAGAGCCACUUUUACUCAUUUUUCUCAUUUUAUUUGAACCUGAAACAGCUGAUAUGUAACACAAACUCGUUUCCCUCUGGAGUGCUGAUGAACCGAGGUUUUUCGGAUGCCAGCUUGUCCCAACGUGCUGGUCGCUGCCAAAUAACUUAAACCCGCCCUUAAACUCCUCUCUCCCCCCGCCAUUGAAUCUCAAACCAACUCCUUGUCACUUUGAACCGUGAAUGAAUGCACUUGUGUAAAUUUGAGAAGUCUUAUUUAAUGUAACUUAAAAAAGGAAAAACCUUGCUGCAUUUUUUUUUGUUUUUGCCAAAUUCAUUCUUCUUUUUUUUUUUUUUUGGUUCAAUUUUCUCAAAUAUACACAAAUAAUCAGAAUUAAGGUGUAGAGGUCAAGAGUUGAUUUUGGAUUCAGGGGGCAGCCCUCUUCCGUUCCCUCCCUCCUUGGACAGGGACCAAAAUCUGCCAUACUUGUCUUUUUUUGUUUGUGAAGAGGCCGCUACCAAAAGAGUAUUUUGAAUACACUGUAAAGUUGUAAAUAACCCUAGAUUACUAUUUAAUGAGAAUGUUCAGUUGAAAAAAAUGGCCUUUUUGUAAGUAUUUCCAUGAAUAAAGUUUCUAUUUUACACUGUGAAGGGCCAUGUAA